CAAAUGCUAAUCGUGCAUCUCGUGAAUUUAAAAGAUUAUUACCAUCCCGCGCAACCGUGUUGCACCUGACCUCACCUCUCGGAGCACACUCAUGGCACUCGUGGCACACUGGUUGACUGGUGUGUCUAGUGUGCACUGGUGUACACUGUGCACAAGUUCUCCUAAUGAAAUUUUGUCUCUUUGGGUUUAAAUGUGUAUGUUGGAUAGGUCAAAAAUACAUUCCUUUAAAUUGUAAUUGCAAUAUUAAAUUGUGCGAAGAUUUUUAAUUAGUUCAAUAUGACCGACGCGAAUUCGAGUACAGUUUCAAAGCCCUCAGUUGCAUCAACCGAGCAGAAAUUCAGUAUUAGAGUACCAAAAAAUAGCAAGAAAAAGCACAAUGUCAUGAGAUUCAACGCAACACUGAACGUAGAUUUUUCAAAAUGGAGUCAAGUAAAAAUGGAAAGAGAGAACAAUAUGAAAGAGUACAAGGGCAUGGAAGAAGAAUUGCCAAAGUUUGGCGCUGGAUCUGAAUUUGGGCGUGAUGCUAGAGAGGAAGCCAGAAGGAAGAAGUAUGGUAUUACCAGUAGAAAAUAUAAACCGGAAGAUCAACCAUGGAUUUUGAAGUCAGGGGGAAAAACUGGGAAGAAAUUCAAGGGCAUUCGGGAAGGAGGAGUCAGUGAAAAUGCUGCAUAUUACGUCUUUACGCAUGCUGCCGAUGGUGCUAUAGAGGCCUUUCCUUUACACGAAUGGUAUAACUUUCAACCGAUCCAGAGGUACAAAGCUCUCAGCGCUGAGGAAGCAGAACAGGAAUUUAGUCGUAGAAACAAGGUAAUGAAUUAUUUUUCAUUAAUGUUACGCAAGAGAUUGAGGAACGAUGAAGAUGGUGGAGACGAGGAGGAGUUGGUGGAAGGUGGUAAAGGCAAGAGACCGGGUAAGAAGGAGAAAGAGCUAAAAAUAUCAGAGAUGGAUGAAUGGAUGGAUAGUGAUGAUGAUGAGUCAGACAGUGAUGAAGAGGAUAAUAACAAGAAAGGAUCUGAAGAUGAGGACGAUAAAAAAAAGAAGAAAGAUAAAGUUCAACUGCAAAAGAAGAAAAAGAAGAAAAAUGUUUCGGACGAUGAAGCAUUCGAAGAAAGCGAUGACGGAGAUGAGGAAGGAAGAGAAUGCGAUUAUAUAUCUGAUUCUUCUGAUCCUGAAUCAGAAACAGAAGGCAAGGAAAUUAAAUCUGUAGCGGAAGAAGAUGCGUUGAGAAAGUUGCUUGCGUCUGAUGAAGACGAAGAUGACGAAGAACAAACAGAUAAGAAGGACGGCGAGGAAGAUAGGGAUGAGGACGAAGAAGGAAAGGAGAAGGAUGAUAAGGACAAAGACAAACUUGGUAAAGAAAUGGACAAGAGGAAAGACAAAAAGAAGAAGAAGAAAGCCAAGAAAAAAGAUCAGAAGAAAUCAGCAUCGGGAAAAGAUUCGUCGAGCGAUUUCUCCAGCGACUCAGAAUCGGACUCGGACACUGCGCUAAAAGAGAAGGACAACAAGAAACCCAACAGCGCGCACAGUUCGAGAUCCGCGACGCCAACACCUGCAGCAUCCGCCUCAGAUUCUCUUAAGAGAAAUUGGGAGACCCAAUCUGGGUCAUCUUCCGAUUUACCGCAAGCGAAAAAAUUAAAACUCGAUAACUUCAACUUGGUCCCAGUAACAUCAUAUAUACCAGGAGCAAACGAAUCUGGGAUCACAGAAGAUCAGGUGAGACGGUACUUAAUGCGCAAGCCGAUGACGACGACCGAGUUGCUACAGAAAUUUAAAUCCAAGAAGACCGGUCUCACAUCCGAACAACUUGUCAACAUCAUGACUCAAAUAUUGAAAAAGAUAAAUCCCACCAAGCAAACUAUCAAGAACAAAAUGUAUUUAUCAAUCAAGGCGCAAUCCAACUGAUUUCAGUGCGCAUAUGCGAGAUCGAGUUGUUUACGAUUAUGAGAUUACACGUGUACAGUGUUUGUUCAGUUAUACAAUUCUGCUCUGUGUAAUAAUCCAACGGAAAAAUACCUGUACAUUAAAAUUUCGAAACUGCA